AUGUCAACUAUAAAUUUCAAAUUCAUUAAUAAAUUGAUUAAAUUUGGUUUACGAGCUAUGAUAUUCUUUUAUCAAACUCAAUGGGAGAAACUUCAAGAACAAUUUCUAAUAUUUUUGAACCUACCUGCCACCCAUAACCUAUUGCAUUUACACAACUUGCCUAAAUUAAUAGGAGGAAAUAGAGACAUUCUUGGAGAUUUAAUGGAUUCUGAUGAUGACGAGGAUACAGUCAAGGACGACAACAACGAGAAGGAUGAUAAUAGAGAUGAAGUACUCUUGUACAAUGUAAGAGUGUUAAUCCAAUACUUAAUAACAAGAUCUUUAAAUAACGACUUCGAAUUAAGACCAGAACAAAUCGGGUUAUUGCAUAAUUGUGAUGAUGAUUCAAAUUGGUUUAAAUUACGAUCGAUAUAUUUGAAAUCUCAAGAUUAUAAACCUUGGCUAUUACUUCUAGGGAUUGCAAAAUUAAUGGAAUCAUAUUUUGAAUUAAAGGUGAUUCUACAACAAACAUCAAAUGACCCAAAUGUAAGUUUUGCAUCUUAUUCUAUUCUUGGACAACAUAUACCAAAUAAAAGACAGAAAUUGGGAAUAGUUGGCGAUUCAUUAAUACAAUCAAAUAGUGUCUUGGAUUUUUGUAACCGCUUGAUCCACUCGAAAUCAUCAUCAGAUGAGACACAAGCACUAGGGUUAAAAUUGAUGAUUUUCCAUUUUGAAAAUAGUAAACUCCAAAGAAAUUCAAAAUUAUCAAAGUAUAAAUCACAAACAUCAUUAUCAUCGGAUUCCAAAACUGAAAGUUAUGAAAAUGGUGAGACAAGUCUAUUGGAUGCAAACCAAACAACAUUUGAUUUUAUGGUCUCUACAAGAGAUGAUCCAGCAAUUGAUCGAAAUGUAGUAUUCAAGAACAUUUUGGGAACAUUUGAUAAUAAUAAAUUGUCAUUUUGGAGUAUUUUAACAUCCAGAUCUAUGAUUAAUGAUGAAAUUCGGUCUGAACGGACUGAAUCCAUAAAAUCCAGUUAUAUUGCACCAAUUUUAAAGCUUUCAUUACUACUCAUCAAACAAAAGGAUACUUCACCCAUUGCAUGCAGUUUGAUAUUUUUAAUAUUAUAUCAUCGUUCCUUAACUACAAAAUUAAAUCAAUUAGUGGAUGACUCGAUCUUAACUCAAUUAGAAACUUUAAUCGAUCUACUGGAGAUAAAUGGACCUUUCAACAUCUCUCAUGAAAGUUUUCAAUUCUGGUAUGCGAUGAACAAAUUGGCAAUUGAGGUGAAUUUAUCCAAGAAGGAUUUAUUAAGUCAACGUAUUCAAGAUUGGGUGUUUGCCAAAUGGGAGAUUAGUUUUCAAAACAAUCUGAAUCUGAUAGAUCAGUUAUAUUAUGGGUUUGAGGAUUUUAUAUUUUGGUUAUCUGGGAAUUCAUUUAUUUAUAAUUCAAAAGAUGAUUGUUUGGGGAUUUAUGAAGGAGAUCUUAAUGAAGUCUUGUAUUUUACUAAGAAUUAUCAAGAAUUAGAAUCGUUUUUGUUUUUACUGAAGAUGAGCAACCAGUCGAUUCAUACACACGAGAAUGGGAUUAAGAUCCAAAGUAUUGUAAGAAAUAAUAGACUUGAAGUGUUAUUAUCUCGAAUAAUUGAAUCAUUUACGGCAUAUAAUAAUGAAAAUCUGACAAGUAGAAGUAGUCUUCAAUGGUUGUUGAUGAUCCUGAAAAUAUCGGAGAUAUUAAGGCCGUUGUCAUUGUUUAAUGACUCAGUGAAACAAAUCGAUUAUCAAUUUUCAAUCGGGAUGGAAUCGUUAAAGCAAUUAAGUUUAAGUAACGAAGAAGCUGGACAGUUGGUUGAAGUUUUAAACAAAGAAAUCCCAACAUUUUUCAAAACUGCUAUAGUAACUCGAGAUAGUUUUAUAUCCAAUUUUCCUUACGAUGAAUUAUUAGAUGUUUUGAAAGCUGAAUAUAGAAAUGUCCCAAUUACUCCACAUAGGAAUAAUGCUUUUGACGGUUUGGAGAAAGAAUUCGCAGAAGUUAGAGAAUCAAGUACACCUCCGUCAAGUGGAACAGGAAACGCUUUAAUUACAUUAUUACAACUGAAAUACAAGCCAAGCAGAACAUUGGAAGCUCUCAAAUUUACAUCAACAAUAGACAAGAUGAUGAAAGUAGAUAAAGAAAAACAAUUUGUUCAUAUGAUCGAAUAUGCGGAGUCACUAACUACUGAAAAUCUCUUGCCUGCUGUUUCAUUCAUAAUAGAUAAUGUGCUUAUUGAUGAGGAAAUUCAUAAUGGAUAUUUGAUUAGGUUGAUUCGAUUAAUUGGUGAAAGAUUACUCUCUGAUCAAGAAGUUGAAAGAAGUGAAUUUGUGUUGGUGGUUGUGUCUAGAUUAUUAUCGAAAAUAGUUCCAACGCUCAGUAGAAGUUUAGAUGCAUCAUUUUCCAAAGAUUGUUAUGAUAUCUGUGGUUGGCUUAUUCAAUGUGGUACCAAAGAUCUUAUUUUAACUGAAGCCUCAACCAUUGAGUAUUGCAAAUUUUUAUUGGAGUUUUUGAUUUGUAAUGACGAAAAGGAGUUCUCUAAUAAUGAAAUAAGGUCAAGCUUGUUUGAUAAGUUUUCUAAAUCAACAAACAAUAUUAAGUUUCAUUUGUGUGAUGCAUUUAUUAAGUUAUUACAAGCCUCACCAGCGGCUAAACAAGCAAUGGUUUAUAAUGAACUUUUCCAAAGAUUUGCUGAUCCACAACAGUCAGUAGAAACUGGUGGAACAUAUGCUAUCUUCUUUACAAAAUUAUCAGAAGCUUCGUCGCAAAUACUAUACUCGUCAAUAUUUAAUCUCCUUGAAUGUUCCAGAUUCCCAUUUUUCAUUCCAUACUUAGAGAUGUGCCUUGACGAAUUCCGUGAUAUUAUGAAACUAAACAAUCCGCAUGACUUAUUCAAAUCAAUGAAAUUUGAAAUUUUGAGAUGUUGGUGGCAAUACGAUGCAAUUCAUCAGUUUCCAUUUGUAUUGUUCGGAUAUACGGAUCUACAGUCAUUUUACCGUUUUAAUUAUCGUGAAUUGAUAUCAGUGGCAUUGUCAACAAAAUUAACAAGAAAGGAUGCGAAACCCGGUGCGGAGUUUAUUGAACAAUUGGCGAAUAUUAAACAUUCUGAUUCGAAGGCAUUAGUUUGUGAAAGUUUGUCAUUGAUUGUUCCUCUUGCAUAUACAAAAGAAGGUAUUAGAAAUGAUAUUUUUGAGAUUAUUUUGAAUUAUUUAGGAGAUUCUAUGAAAUCUGAAUUUACAAAAAAAUUGUCCUUGAUCACUCUCGAGAUCAUAAAGUUUUCUGAUAUGUCACAGGAGAGUCAUUUACGGGAUUCAUUCCCUGGAAGUGAUUCAGCUCGAUUAUUGGUAUCAGAUGCUGCUACUUCAGUGAUUGAAAAACCAGGGGAACUUCUGAUAUCAUUUAAUGCAAGUGUGGAGUUAUUGAGAAAGCUAGUUUCAAAGUAUGGUUCUGCUGAAGAUAAUUUUUGGAAUGUUAAAAGGGUAUAUUUUUUGAUUAGACGAGUAUCCAUCAAGUUCAAAUAUACAUCCUCGGAAGACCAGAUGAUAUUAUUGUUAAGAAAGUUUAAAUUCAUAUUGAUUAUGGGAGGGUUAGACGUUCUUGAUUUGGAAAUUAGUAGCUUAGUAGUUGGUAUAAUUUGUCCACUUUUAAACAGACAACGCCUAGUUUUCGACAUUGUAUUGAUUUUGAGAUACUUCAAGGAUUUAUUCCAUCAUAAAUACGACAUGGAUAGGUCAAUUCCGUUGGUCACUAAGAUUAUGGAAUCAUUGUUUGCUGUGGAAAAGCCUGGACAAAACCUUUCUGAGUUGCUUGAUUAUUUGUGUUAUUUUACAACAAACAUAGACGGAAACGAAUCUCUUCAAAAGAUUCUAGAGUGUGCUAAUGAUAUUUUGAGUGGGAAGACGAUUUUCAUAGACUCGUCAGUAAUAGAACAGUGUUUAGAAGAAUUAAGUCUGGAAUCUUUGGAGGCGAAUAUAAUAAUCCGACUAAUUUCAAGAUUGUUUGACCAUGUCGAUACAUUUCAUCACGAAGGUAGCAAAAUCAAAGUCGUCGAAGCAUUAUUGAGAAUUGAACGAACAGAAUUGGAGAAGUUUUCAAAGAGCUUUAAAUUAUGGAUUUCAGAGUAUCUAUCAGUAUUUUACUUAAGCGGAGGUGCCAGAGAGAAGAUAUCAGCCUUUGAUAUGAAUGAAUAUAGCGGCAUCCCAGUAGAAGAAUUUGAUAAAGAGAUAACAUAUUUCAACUAUGCUUUCAAGAAACUAGUUGAAUAUACUUACUCUAGUGAUGUCGAAGCUGCCUCGUGUGCGGAGUCAGUCUUAGGUGUAUUGGUUGGUAAGUUCAACGUCAAUAAAAGGGAAAUUUUGAAAUAUCUUAGUUUUAAUCAGUUGUAUAAUCAGUAUGGCAACCAUUUAUUGGAAAUCGAUUUUCAUACGUGUGUCCUUUUGAAUGAUAGAUUAGACGUGGAUUAUUUGGGAGACGACUUACGCGAUUUAGUCGGGAACUUGGAGAAUUUUUUGCAAUCUGAAAUACAUAUAUGGACAACGAGGCUCUAUCUAGCUAUACUUCAAGAGUUAGCUCCGUUCUCAAGUAUAGCACCUUUGUUGAGUAUAUUCGUCAUUAAUGUGCACGUUUUUGCAAAGGAUUUAUUACCGGAAUUAGUUUGUUUUUAUUUGGCAUUGAAGAAGGAGUCUGCAGAAGCUAACGUUACAGCAAUUUUGUCAGAAUUUAUAAAGUUGAAUUCAAGUAAUAGGGUCACUAAUAGGAUAUUUCUCCGUAUUGUCACAUUGAUCAGAAUUGGAGCCAAGAAGGGAUUACAAUCGUUUUCUACAGUACUUUCAAAUAUUAAUCUUGUUUCAUUUUAUAAGCUCGCUGCUGAAAACAAACAUUUUAAAACCUCCAUGAUGUUGUUUGAAGAUUCCAUUAAUUUGGAUAAUCCGAAGAAAGCACUAAUGGAUAAUUACGAAACAUUACAAUUUGUAUAUGAAUCAAUUGAUGACAAAGAUUUACUAUAUGGAUUACCAGAGAGAAUUGAUUUGCAGUAUGCGAUAUCUAUGGCAUCUAGUCUUGGGAGCAGUGAAGAACAAUUGGAGUAUAAUUGCGGUGCAUUUGACACUGACGUAGCUUUAGAAGGCGAUAGCAGGAAUUCAGAAAUUAUCAAAUCGAUGUCCGCUAAUGGAUUUUUAGGUGUAUCUAGGCUACUACAGAAAACUAUCAACUUAGGAACCAAUAACUCAGAACCAUAUGAAUGGAGUUGGAAACUAUCAAAAUGGGAUCUACCUUCAACGGUUUCUCCACGCAAAGAAAAUGAGGUGAUAUACAAUACAAUGAAACAAAUCCAUGAUUAUCCCUCACGCGCAAAGGAAUCUUGUCAAAGCGCUUUAUUGAAUAUACUUGAUCAACACGCUGUAGUUUUCAGAGAUAAUCUAAGCGUGAAGGAAUUCAAGUCAAACGGUACAAGCUGGCUAAAGACAAUGGCAAUAAUUUACUCAGUUUCUAAUAUAUUUUCAUUUGAAGGGGAUGAGGUCAAAGAUUUGCUUGUUCCAUUUAAAGAAUUGACGCGUUGGUUUGAGGGCUCUGAACUAGAUUUGACAGAAAACAUUCUUUUAGCAAGAAAAGCUGCAUUUCAAUUGGUAAGUGAACAAUCAUUGUUUUCAAAACUACUGGCAGAAUCACUUUGGAUCGGGGCUUUAAAUGAAUUAGUCAGGUAUAAUGAUAUUACAAGAGUAUGUAAGCAACAGCAAAAGAUGAUAUCUUCUACGAUGUUAAUUGAUCGUAUUUGUUCUACAAAGUUUGUUAACGCUUCAGAGGGUAUCAGGCGCGCUGUCAAGGGGUUAUCGUCAUAUCAAACAGCUCAAACUCUUUGGUCUCAAGGUAACACUAGUGUCCCUGUUUUAAUUUUGAAAGAGUUAUACAAUGAUGGAGGAAUUUCUUUGGAUGGCAUGAGUGUGAAUAAGUGUUUGAUGCAAGCUAUGAUCGUUACGUGGAUGUGUGAAUCUCGUGAGGAAUUGGCUUCGACUAUCAUGGACAAAUAUGUUUUACCUACAGCAGAUAUGACAUCCUCGACUGAAGAUCUAGAAGAGCAAUCGAAAGUUUUUCGGCUUUUAGCGCACUUUUGCGAACUCCAAUGCAAAUCACGGACAUUAGUAGAACAGAUAGACAAUCUUGAAAAAAGAAUCGGGAGCAAGCAAAGGGAAUUGGAGGAAAUUAAACAGCAUUAUGGAAAGACCUCUGUAUCUGAGGCCGAAAAGAGGUCAACUUCAAAAUAUUAUAAGAGAGUGAAAUUGCAGUUACAAUUGGAGAUCAAGGAUUUAAAUUUAUUGACCGAAAGUCGCCAAAUUCUUUCUAACAAAGCGGUGGAAUAUUAUUUAAGAAGUAUCUCGGUUAAUGACUAUAUGGAAGAAGAUUUAGAUAAAUUUUUUGCUUUAUGGCUCGAGCAAUCAAAUAAUGAGGAAUUGAAUAGGAGGAUCCAGACAGAAGUGUUGUCCCUAGCAACUCACAAGUUCAUUAGUUGGGCUGCACAAUUAGUAUCAAGGUUGACAAGUGACACUAGUGAAUUUCAAAUAAUAUUGAAAGAGUUGAUUUUCGAUAUGAGCUUGGAACAUCCUCACCAUGUAUUAUACCUACUUAUAUCGUUAAGAAAACAUGGUGCAACUGCUCAGGAAGAAUCCAAUCCUGUAUUGAUUUAUAAAUGUAAAGCGGCCGAAUCCAUUUGGGAUCGUUUGCUUAAUAAGAAUUCCAGUUUUGUGGAAACUACAUUACUACCAAUUGAGAGGUUUUGUGAUCAGUGUAUACAAAUAGCCGAAUUCAAGAUUCCUAGGGCAAAGACGUUAAACAUUUCGAAGUUAAACGUUGCAAAUUACUGGAUGAAUGAAUUGCCACCAAUACCACCACCAACAAUAACUUUGAAGGUUGAUUACACAUUGAAAUACGACAAGAUGCCCGUACUCUCUAAAAUUGAUACGAAAUUGGCGAUAGCUUCUUCUGGGUUAAGUUUACCAAAAAUAGCGACGUUCAUUCUUUCUGAUGGUUCUCAACACAAAAUUCUAUUAAAGCAUGGUACUGAUGAUUUGAGGCAAGAUUCAAUUAUGGAGCAGGUUUUCAGCAAAGUAAACAAUAUCUUCUCAAGAGAUAAGGAAAGCAACAAACGUAAUUUAAGAAUAAGAACUUAUAACGCAAUUCCACUUGGUCCCCGAUCUGGUAUUAUUGAGUUUGUUCCUAAUUCUAUCGCCUUAAUGGAUAUUCUAAAGCCAUACCAUGAACCUAGAGAUCAGUUAAGCUACGAUACGGCAAGACAAAUGAUGAAAAUGUGUCAAACCAGAGACAAAAGCAUACGAAUCCAUGAAUAUCAGAAAAUUUGCUCCAAGGUAAAACCAGUUCUACGUUUGUUUUUUGAAGAAACAUUUCUUACUCCCGAUAGUUGGUUUGAAAGUAGAAUAAGGUAUACGCAUGGUGUUGGAACUACGUCAAUUGUGGGAUAUAUAUUGGGCUUGGGAGAUAGACAUUGCAACAAUAUAUUAUUAGAUAAGCAUUCUGGAGAACCUAUCCAUAUCGAUUUAGGGGUUGCAUUUGACCAAGGUAAGAAUCUUCCUAUUCCAGAAACAGUCCCUUUUAGAUUAUCAAGGGAUAUUGUAGAUGGAUUUGGUGUAACUGGAGUGGAAGGAGUAUUUAAGAAAUCAUGCGAACAUACUUUUAGAGUUUUGAAAAAGAACAAAGAUCAUAUUAUUUCCAUUUUAGAUGUUUUAAGGUGGGAUCCUUUAUAUUCUUGGUCUUUAUCUCCAAUCAGAAAGAAACGGUUGCAACAAGAAGAGACUGCCGUAGGAAUGCUUCCUGAGGAAGAUGGCUCUGAAGCCGGACGAGCAGUACUGACAGUAUCGGACAAGUUGAAAGCGGGUGGAUUGAGCGUUGAAGCGGCGGUGCGUGAAUUGGUACAGGAAGCAUCAAGUCCCCAUAACCUUGCAUUAAUAUUUUCCGGAUGGUCGCCUUUUUACUAG